ACCGAACUCACGUCGAAUGAAGCCGAUUUGGAUGACAGGGAAACAGAAACAACUAAACGAGAAAAGUGAUUAUUUUUACUUAUGUUGAGUGGUUCAACUUCCAUUUACUUUGAUCAUAAAUUUUUAUAUAUAUACAGAAGAUACGUUAGCAGUGUUAAUAUCUUCUAGAUUUUAAUACUCUUCAAUAUUUAACACAAUGGGAGACAGUGGUAACGAGGGAGAUGGAGAAAAACAACCACUUCUUGCAAGCGAAAAUACCACCUACAACGGGGAUGUCUCUGGUCAACAAACUACAGUAUCUCCAAUUGGACCAGAUGAGCUACCUCCUCCGUUCUUCCAGCAAUCGGAGGGAGGUGGAGUUCCUAUGGUUACAUGUAGAGUUUGUCAGGCAAUGAUUGAUAUUUCUGGAAAAAGAGAUCAACACGUCGUCAAAUGUACGCAGUGCAAUGAAGCCACACCAAUAAGAAACGCUCCUCCGGGAAAAAAGUAUGUACGCUGUCCCUGCAAUUGUUUGCUUAUAUGCAAAAGUUCCUCGCAGAGGAUUGCUUGUCCCAGACCAAAUUGUAAAAGGAUCAUCAACUUGGCCCCAAGUCCGGUUACACCGCCUGUUCCCACUAUGCCUGGAAUGUGCCGAGUCACUUGCGCACAUUGUCACGAUACUUUCCUGUUUAACACGUUAAAUAACGCAUUGGCCCGAUGUCCCCACUGUCGAAAGAUCUCGUCCGUAGGACCCGACUAUGCAAAAGGUAGAGCCAACAUUUUCCUCAUCCUUUCCGCAGUAUUCCUGAUCAUAGCUAUAGGAGUGACUGCGGGAACAUACUCCUAUGCAAGAACACACAACGGCGUUUAUGUAGCAUACGUCGGCGCAUUCCUAUUAGCUGUGGUAAUGUUUAUUCGUAGCAUGUAUUAUUACUUUAUGAAAGUUAGUAUUAUAGAGGGACCGAUGUAAUUUUUGAGUAGCUGUAGAGGAUUUCGAUUUUUUAGCGGCCUCUGUCUUAUAGAAAAUCAUUUGUUAUUUUAUUUUCAUAAAUAGUUUGGUAGUUGUUGGAUAUUUGUUACAAGUUUAAACGUAUUUUCGAUGCAAUAUUAAAAUUAAUGCUGGCGUCUAUUUAGCCAGAACUAAUACACGAGACAGAUGAUUUGUGAUGUGUGAUAUGUGUGUUGUGAUUUCGAAAACUGUUAGAUUGCCACUGACGAUAAUAGGAUAUUAUUACAGAUUGAAAAAAUUGUCACAAUAUGAUUCCUCUAAGGUUUGAAAUACUAUACGUGUAUGAAUAUAAUAUUGUCGAUUGAAGCUAGAAAACAAUAGUUACAUGAUGAAUUAAACUGCUUAUUUUUUCAAGUGUGCUGAUUCGACUUGUUUCAAAAUCGGGGAUCUAUUUAAAAUUGUAGUAUGGUACGCAAAUCUAAAUGUAGGACUUAUUGCAUCGUUUUCUGUUUAACUGUAACUGUCAAACAUUAGAAACAUUUGAUCCAAAAUAGUCUAAAUAUUCCACAAUUUAUAAUGUGUAGGUACAAACAAUCGACAAAAUAUUGAUAAAAUAUUUUAAAACUUAAUUUUUAUGUUACAUUUUUAUUGUACUUGUACAACUUUUUUGAUUUCAAAUUUGUGAAUUAUUAAAUUUUUGAUUCUUCUAUCACAUUUUAAGGAAAAGAUUUUCGUAUAAGACAGAUAUGACCUUGAAAACUCCACUUUCAACACCAAUGAUUGCUUGAUAACAACAAUGUUUUGUUUUUUUUGUUUUGAAAUCAAUGGAUUGAGUCAGUAUUGGCGUUAAAAUUUGAAAGCGUAAUCGUUUUGUUGAAAGGGGGAAUUUAGUAUAUAGUUUUUUAAUAAUACAGAUAUGUUAACUUUUUUGUAUUUCACCAUAGCUUUUCAAUAAUGCUACUAACUGUAUAACUUUUAAAGUUAAAGAUUUAUUAGGAUUACAAGCUUCUAAUAAAUGUUAGUUCGUGUUUCAUAGAGUUGUAAAGGUCCUUUUGAUUAUCUUUAUUGAUUUUUGUAUUUUUCUUUUUAGAAAAAGUACACAUUUCACUUACGAGCCGGAGAUAAGUACGAAAUGAACAUAUGGGGUUAUAAUCAAUAUGUUUUAAUUAAAAAAUUGUAAUUAAAACAUUUUGCUGAGAGAACAGCGAUAUUAAUAAUAAUUAAUAAGGUCUUAAUUUAAAAAAUUCGUAAUUUUUUGCUGAAGUACAAUGCAGCCAUGAAAUACGGUAAUGAAUUGUUUUGCCAAAGAACUUCUAAGACAAAUAAUAACUUACGAUUUUGGGAAGUUACCUAAACAAAUACAUAUUAUUUUUAAUAAUACAAUAAAUAUGUAGGUAUGUGUAGUUUUUUUGUAGAUCAGCGAAUAAAGAAAUUUUUAAUCACGAAUCCAGGAAAUAGCCACAAUUUUUGUGAAGAGCAUGUGAACCCCACCAACAACGUUUUGGUAAAAAAAAUAUCAUAAGGGAAGUUUUUAAGAUGUAAACUGACUUGCACCUCCUUUCGUUUAAAGGUUUUAAGAGUUUGUUGGUAAAUUAAAACACACACAUUUUACAUAAUACGUGACAUCUGACAUAAUAUGUGACAUUUGACAUAAUACGUGACAUUUGACAUAAAACGUGACAUUAGAAACAUAAAUGUCACGUUUCAUGUCAAAUGUCCAUAAUAUGUCACGUAUGGAAGUCGCUUUGGUCAAAGUGCGCUCAAGUGUCUUAUUAUCUACUUUCAGUUGUAAAAUGAACUGCACUUAAGUCUUAGUCUAGAUCCUUGUAAACUGGUCAAUUGACAAUUCGUAAAUAUAUAUGUUGCGAUUAUAAUAGGCAAUCGAUGUAGUCAGUUUUGGAAAAUCCAGAGCCUUUUCUAAGUCACAAGUGAAUGCGUAGUAAUCAUCUACAUUCUUGGAUUUUUCAGAAUCAUUUUUCAUGGAAGUACGAGCAAGCUCGGCCUUCAUGCUCGACGUUCUCGAAAAUUAUUGAGUUAUUUUUUAUCUGUGGUUAAAUGUUGGUUUAACAGUGCAUUUUCAGGUCAGGGCUGGAUUUCUUUGGCUUUUUAUAUCAAGUUUUUUUUUUGUUUGAUCAAGCUUCAAAUAGAAAGAGUUCUGAGCACUAAAUGAUCCAAAUAUCCAAAAUGAUUAAAAUGCUUUUUCCUGUUAAGUAUUGUAUUUAUAUGGAAUUAAACCACAAUUGAUUGUAAUAAGAAUUACAUUUUACAUUAUUUGUUUUUAAUGUUACGAUUUCCACUUCGGAAAUCGUUUUCAAAAAAAGAUUAUUUUACACAGGAUCGCAGCCAAUGGAGACAGCAAGCCAGUAAUAUUUAGAGUGUCAUCACGCCUUUAUAAGGGCUCGAGGAAUGAGGGAUCUAUCCUUACUAUUACUAUAUCCUGUAAACCAGAGGUGCUCAGACUUGUAGUGUCUGCGAUCCACCACAAAAUAUUUAGAAGACAAGCGAUCGACUACCGACUACUGCAACGAGGCUAAACAUAGAUACUAAAAUACAUAGAUUUAUGAAAAUGUUUUUAAAUACCAAAUGUAAUUAAGGCAUCUAAUCAAGCAUCUAAUACUAAUAUUUGUAAACUAAAAUUUUCCUAACCCACGAAUUUAAGUGCUUCGAUUAAAUUCACAAUCUUUGUGGCAAUGUCUAUCACAUCCUUCGUAGUUAGUAUUUUUUAACAUAGAACUUGCUUUUAAUAAUUCUUCUUUAGCCGAUAUAUCAAGAAAUACCAUCCGCAUGAACAUGCAUAACUGGGCAGUAUCAGUCAUAUCGGUAGACACGUCAAACUGAAAGAAAAGUACAUAGAUUCUAUAAUAUCCCUUUUCAGCUGGGAUUCCAAAUCUGUGCUCAUAAUCUCGAUUCUUCUGAUAAUAGUUCGGCGUGAUAACUGGGCCUCUUCGAUAACAGAUAUGAUCUGUGUUUUAUGUUUUAAGUAAUCAAAUAAUACAUUAGCCCCUUCAAUAAAUGCUUCUUUCACUGAAAAUCAUUUUCAUACUUUUUAUGCACGGUUUUAUAAUACCUUUUUAAGUCCCACGUUUGGGCCAUGCCACUGAAGAUCGACAAACUUAUCCUUAAACAUGACAUAGAAAAAUUCUUUCUCCCAAUCACUAUUAAAAUGAUACUUUUUUCUUUUUUGCAGCACUCAUGCUGCGAUUUAAAUAUUGAUAUUUUAUAGAACUUCUACUUAUAAUAACUUACAGGCUGACAUAAUGCUCCGUUACCUCAGCUCAUUACACACGAGAUAGACAUUCGAGAAGAAUUGGUAACAUUCGCCAAACGUCGCGUGGUCACGUUGCCUCAGAAGCCUGGAAAGUGAAAAUAACUAAAGCUAUAGAACGUUGAUGUGGAAUUGUAUUGUAUGAGAUGUAUAACAAAUAUACAGUGUGUAACUAUUCCUUGAUACUACGACAAAAACUAAUAAUCAACGGAACCGACUUUUGCUCGGUUACGUUAUAUGGUUUCACUGGAAGCUUUGAGCUUGACUUGCUGCAUAUUUAAGCAUAGCUUUGGUGAUUUUAUAUGAUACAUUAUAAAAAUUAUUGGCCUAUGGAUAUGUACUCUACAAUUGCAAUUUUUCAUUGAUGCAAUUACAAAAAACCGACUCUAGACGAGACCGACUGUUGUUCCGCUGUUAGGCUGCACUUCGACUUUAUACUUUUUAUCUCCAUAGUUUGGUUGGCUUGUUGUAUGUCUAGAUUUAGUUUUUUUUUAUUAAUUGUAAAUGGUGAUUUAUAAAAAUUAUUAACAAUCUGUAUUUAACUCGUGAUUUUCUUUCUAUAUAAUUAUAUAUAUUUAAAAAUAUACAGCUGUAUCUUAGAACUAGAAUAAAUAUAUAAAAAUACGAGGAAGAAAAAUCUGUGAUACGCUCUUAAAACAUGAAAAUAUUAACUUGAAUCACUAGGUAAUAUAUCAUAUAAAGGUUUUCAGGGCCUCAAUUUUGAUUUGUCAAAUUGUGUGCCUCAUAUUCGAAGCAGCAUUUAUUUUUAAGUUAGUAACAAACCUGUGAGUUUAGCACUCUUUUGAAAAUUUGGACUUUGUAUUCCCUUUUGUUUUAGUUCUCCUAAAUGAUAAUAUUCUCUAAUAUCCAUGCUUCAGAAUUAUAGGAUAUUUUUUUACUACGCUUUAGUAUCAUAUUGGUCUAAAUAGCUUAAUAUAACAUUCUUAUAUUACCUUCUGAUGAUUAUUUUUAUUGUGAACCUAGAAAAAAAUUAACCGUUUCUCAAUAGUGUUUAAAUUUUGUGAUACUUCUAAAAGCGGUCUACAACUUUUUUCUUCCUCACCUUCGUAUAUUAAGUUUCGCAAGCUUAAGUUAUAAAAUUAACAUUCAAAAUCAAAUCUGUAGAAUAAAGAAAUGUGAAUAGAAACAAAUAUAUUACUUAUUUUAAUUUAAUAUUAAGAAUUUCUCAUAUUAUUGUAUGUAAUGAUUGAUUUUGUGCUAUGUGUAUAUUUUGUUGGACAUUCUUUUUAUAAAAAAUUAUGUAGUUUUCGUCAUGGAAACUAGUUUUAGAGCUAUGAAAAGGGAACUUUGUGUACAUACUAAAUUUUAUUCAUUAUUUUUGUAAUAAAUUGUCUUCCAUAAAACACCGGAAGCCGAAACGUC